AUGGCUUCUCUGAGCAGAGCAUUUACCCUGCGCAACAAGCGCCCGGAGAUCUCGGGCCCGAUGCCCUACCGUGAAGGCCAGGUCAAGUUUUCGUCCGGCACCAUCCGUCGUGGCAAGAUCUCGGGGCCUGUGGAGCUGCUGUCGUCAACGAACAUGCUGGUCUAUACUGCCCCCGAUGUGGGCUCCGUGUCAUCGUCGUCGUCGACGUCCUCCUUCCGGUCGGGUGAUGAGACUUCGACGACCAGUCCGAUGACGUCUCCCCAUGCGUCGUCGACCGAGGUGUCGCCGAUUGGUCCCGAGCCCAACCACGUCUCGACUGCUGGCCUUCCCAAGAGAUCCGCGACCAUCACCACGACGCCUCGUUCGUCGACCUCCUCCUCCUCCGGGGGCGAGGCGCCGCCCAGCGUGCCCAAGCGCGCUCUGUCGCACACCAAGAAGUCGCAUCAGGAGCUCGCCCGGCAACGCUCCGUCUCGCGCAUGACGCCACCCCCGUCGUCCCUGAGCAAUCCCACAGCGACCAUCCGCCGCAGUCAAGAUUUCUUCCAGCCGCAGCCGGAGCAAUCCACCCACCCGUUCAGUCGGGAGCUGGACAAGGUGAACGAGGUGGCGGAGGACUUUGGCGCCUCGCGGGUCUUGGAAGAAGAGGAACAGAUUCUUCUGCGCAAGGGCCUGAAGAAGUUCUCCGUCGAGGAAUACCUGUCCGAGAUCGAAGAUCUGUACGGGGGUGUCUUUGAUGAUCAGCUGGGACCACCGGGUGGUGGUUCUUGGCUGUAG